UUCAUCGACCUAUAUAGAAUUUAUACAUCAUAUCACGCUCUCCCUUCCUCCUCAGCUCAACAGUCAACUACAGCUACCAAGUACCCACCAUGCACGGCGGCGCCACGUCAGCUCCGCCACCGACGCCAUCGACCCAGCAGUCGGACAAACCCAUGUCCACGUCAGCAGCGGCUGACGCCCUCUCGAGCAUGCUCCACCGUCUUCCACCCACUCUCUCCCUCCCCACUCGCCGCGCACAGCCAGCCACGUGUCCUCCGGUUCCGGUGGUCUCUCUGUCCCAAGCUCGAUCCAACCCUAGCCUCCUCUCCUCGAAACUCGGGUUCUUCCAGCUGACCGACCACUCCAUCCCUCCCCAACUCGCUGACUCGGCCGAGUCGGAAGCGCUGUCGCUCUUUGACCUACCCAGGGAGAAGAAAGAAGCGUGUUUCCCGAGGAACUGGCCUGUUGGGUUUGAAGAAGGAGAUGAAGUUGACGAUGAUGACGUGGAGGGACUCGGCGAGUCGUUUUGUCUGGACGAGUCGUGUUAUACCGAGUCUGCUGGGUUGUCCUUGGCUUCUCUAAGCGAGUUCAGUCGUGCUUUGGAGAAAGUAGGGUUGGAGGUGACUGAGCUGCUUUGUAGGUCAGUCGGGUUUGAAAGUCCUCUAGGGAAGGGUGACCAGAGUCCGACCCGGGUUUGUUCGAUGAUGUGGGUGGCGGAGGGUUUAUCGGGCAAGAGUAAGACGCCGGUGGCGGGUCGGUUUUACCCCUAUGUGGUAGGAUUGCAGUAUCAAAUCAGGGGUGGCCAGAAGUAUUCUUUGCUGGCGGAUUCGGGUUGGGUCUCGGUGGUGCCACUGGUGGAAUCGGUCUUGGUCACUAUUGGUGACAUUGCUCAAGUAUGGAGCAAUGGGGAGUUGAAGAAAGUGAGAGGAAGGCCAGUGGCAGGUUUGGGAGAGGGUAACAACAAGUCACGGUGCAUAUCGAUGUCGUUGUUGGUGAUUCUUCCUAUCGACACUAAAAUUUCCCCUGUUCUUCCGGCAGCAGCCAUAAGCGGUGGUGAUCACAGUCACAAGGAUGAUGAUAAUGAUGAAGAUGGAAAUGGAAGAAAUGUUGAUGAACUGGGAGAUCAUCAAAUCAAUGAUAGCAGUAUAGUCAGUACUGGUGAAAAUAGAGAAAUUGAAGGAAGGUUGUUCAAGUCCUUUUGUUUGGAGGACUAUGCUUGGAGAGUGUAUCAUGAACGCCUGCAUUUCAAAGACCCGCUCGAUAGGUUUCGCAUUAAGAAAUGAAAUUUGAAUGAUAUAUUGUCAUACACAGCCAGGUUCUUUCUUUAUUUCAUUCCUUUAUGUGCUUUUUCUUUUGAGGGUGGAGCUAGCUAGGGUACGGUUUAGGGUUUAAACUCAAGAUGUGGCUGAGACUUGUAGUUGAUGAUGCCUUGAAGAUUACAUGGUUUGUCCUUCCAUAAUACAGAUAGUUCGAGCAACUAUGUCUUCAGAAUGUGAAGGCUUACAGUUCUUAAUUGUUUACAUUUGAAUA